AUGUCCUUCUCGAAACGAAGUGCUCUUCGUGAUAUUACCAACACCUCAGGGACAGGCUCGAUCCAUACGGGUAUGCAUCAUCAUGGUGGAUCUGCUCCUCUUAAAUCCAACUUGUCAAUAAUGAAUAACACAACAACAAUGAACAACUCUCAUUCCAUACUCAACUCUUCUCAUUCAUUAGGAAAUCACCUCUCUACUACUGCCACUUCUACUGCCACUUCUACUACUACUACCAAUAACAACAAUUUACUCUCCACCUCGAAACCUCCCCGAGAAUCCAUGAUUAUGAAACAAACUCAAACUCUCAAGAAUUCCAAAACUUCUUCUUCCUCUCUGAAUACGACUUCCUCUACAACUCCCAAUUCGAAUAACAUUCAAUACAUGUUGAAUGCUCUCUAUGAAUUCUUCUCUCAAGAAAAUAUUUCCAUUGAAAUGACUCCAAAAACCUUCCGUGAAGGAGACUCUUCCAAACUUCGAUAUUUUUUGAAUUAUUUAUUCACUCAUUUGGAUCGAAAUAUUUGUGUGAUUGUUCCAACACCAAGUGAAGUGAGAGAAAUGGAAAAGAAGAAUAAUUCAUCUGGAAAUACAAUGGAUGCAAGAAGAAGGACAAUGAAUCACCUCAAUUCUCUAUCCAUGAAUGCAUCCAUGAUGAAUGGAAUGAACCAUCCAAGUGUUCAAUCUAGUAGUUCUACGAUUACUACGAUGACUACUAUUAACAACAAACCUCCUUCCAUUUCUGGUCUUGAUGAAGAUUUAAUUAUUGAACUUGUCGAUUUCUUUAAACUUCCAAUCUCAUUGAAUAAGAGACAUUUUACAAUUACACCUCAAUCGAGUAGAAAUUGGCAAACCAUGAUUCAAGUACUUUAUUAUUUGACUGGACUUGUCAAGUAUAGUAGAGAACGAGAUUUCAUUGAAAGAGAUUUAGAAUUACAAGAAGUUUCCAUCUUCUUCUCCUUUUUGAGUGAUCUCUAUGCUCCAUUUCUUGAGAAUAAUCAAAGAGAAAUGGACAGACUUGUCAAUGAUUGGAGAAACAAAUUUAAUAUGGAUUGUACAAGAUCAAGAGAGAAUUUAACACAAUUAAAGAAUCUUCAUGAGAGUAUCAAGAAUCGAUUGAAUUAUUUCAAUACAAGACAAGAUCCAUUUCAUGAAUUAGAAGAAAAGAGAAUUGUUUUAGAAUCUCAAUUUUUAAAUUUAAAUGAAUCAAGUCGAAGCAAUGAAGAGAAAUUGAAUUCACUUUUACAUUUCAGAGAAAUUACAAAAGCUAAAAUUGUAUCCACCAAUCAACAAAUUGACUCUAAAAAGAGAGAUAAUGAAGUUUGUGCAAGACAACUCGAACAUCAAGAAAUUACUCCACUCGAAGCACAAGCACUCUACAGAGAGAAGAGUCUCUAUGAAGAGGAAGAAGAGAGAAUUCUCAAACGAACUGAUUACACAAGAAAUCAAGUAGAGAAUGCACAACGACAUUUAUCACAAUGCAAUGAACAGAUCACUACACUCACUUCUCAAUACAAUUCCAUUGUACUCAAAAUUGAUCCUAAUUUGAGACUUUUAUCAUUGGCAUCGAAUAAUGCAAAAUGGAGAAUUGAUGAUUCAAAACAAAAGAAGACCAUUCUGAAACAACAAUUCACUACUCUUCAAUCUCAAAUUCAACAAUUGAAUGAAACAUUGGCACAAAAAGAUGAAAUGAUUCAAGUACUGAAUGAACAUUUGCAGGAUGUGAAAGAAAGUUUAACACAAGAGACGAAUUCAUUUAAUAAUUUAGAGUCGCUCCUCGUUCAAAUCAAACAACAACAUCAAGAAGAAUUAUUUGAAUAUGAUCGAAGGAUUAAGACUAUUGAAGAUCAAUCUGUACAAAUACAUUCUGAGAAGAAUCGAUGGAAACAAGAGUUUGAAAAUACUGAAUUAUUAAUUGCCCAAUUAGAAGAAGAAAUGCAACGAGAAGAACAAGAGCAAAUUGAACAACGAAACACUCUUUUCAAUUUAUCUGUCUUUACCUUGCAGAAAGCAGCAGAGCACAAAGAGAAUGCCAAGAAGAUUAUCAAUGCUACUGAAAAAUCAGGCAGUGAAAGUUUUGCUGCAAUCAAACAACUACAAAUUGUGUAA